GCAGCACGCUCCGAGGAAACACAGCGCAGCGGCUCAUCUCAUUGACUUUUUAUCCGAGUUAUAGGACGCUUUUCUCCGCUUCCAUCCACCACGCUUUUCCGCAGACUUUUCUCCAGAGUUGUCUGCUAUUCCAAAAUGGGGAAAAGAAGCAGACAGAGGCAGAAAAACCAGAGUGCUGCCGGCAGGGACGACAGAGACAAGGCUGGCUGGGGAGCUGGCUACGCUGACAUUGUCAAGGAGAACAAGCUGUUCGAGCACUACUACAAGGAGCAGGGCCUGGUGCCUGAGGAAGAGUUCGAACAGUUCAUGGACGCAAUGAGGGAACCGCUUCCUGCAACCAUCCGCAUCACUGGAUACAAGAGCCAUGCCAAGGAGAUCCUUCACUGUCUGAAGGAAAAAUACUUCAAGGACAUCCAGGAGGUGGAUAUCGAUGGGCAGAAGAUAGAAGCUCCACAAGCUCUCAGCUGGUAUCCCGAUGAGCAGGCCUGGCACACCAACAUGAGCAGGAAGAUCAUCAGGAAGUCUCCUCUGCUGGAGAAGUUCCACCAGUUUUUGGUCAGCGAAACUGAAUCAGGUAACAUCAGCCGACAGGAAGCUGUCAGCAUGAUCCCUCCUCUGCUCCUGAAGAUUGAGCCCCAUCACAAGAUCUUGGACAUGUGUGCAGCUCCAGGGUCGAAGACCGCACAGCUGAUCGAGAUGCUCCACGCCGACAUGGACGUGCCAUUCCCAGAGGGCUUCGUCAUCGCCAAUGACGUGGACAACAAGCGCUGCUACUUACUUGUGCACCAGGCCAAGCGUCUCAACAGCCCAUGCAUCAUGGUUGUCAACCACGAUGCCUCCUGCAUUCCCACGCUCCACAUAGACUCAGAUGGCAAGAAGGACAUCCUCUUCUAUGACCGCAUCCUGUGCGACGUCCCCUGCAGUGGGGACGGCACCAUGAGGAAGAACAUAGAUGUGUGGAAGAAAUGGACGACCAGCAACAGCCUGCACCUCCACGGGCUCCAGCUGCGGAUCGCAGUGCGCGGCGUUGAACAGCUGGCUGUGGGAGGGAGGAUGGUCUACUCCACCUGUUCACUCAACCCUAUAGAGGACGAAGCUGUCAUAGCAGCACUGCUGGAGAAGAGUGAAGGAGCUUUGGAGCUCGCCGACAGCUCAGCUGACCUGCCAGGGCUGAAGUGGAUGCCUGGCGUCACGUCCUGGAAGCUGAUGACCAAAGACGGCCAGUGGUUCUCCGACUGGUCCGAGGUUCCGAGCAGUCGUCACACACAGAUCCGCCCCACCAUGUUCCCGCCGAAGGACUCAGAGAAGCUGGCUGGCAUGCAUCUGGAGAGAUGUAUGAGGAUUCUGCCUCAUCACCAGAACACCGGAGGUUUCUUUGUGGCUGUGUUGGUGAAGAAAGCCCCGAUGCCUUGGAACAAAAGAUACCCCAAGCUGAGGAAGGACGUCUCGUCCAGCUCAGCGGCCCAGAGCGAAAUCUCCUCGGCGGCCUCGUCACCAGCAGAUGCUCCCUGCCUCCUCCCAGAGCGUCCCCUGGAGGAGGUGGAGAAGGGCGGCUCGGAGGGAAAAGUAGACGGGGAGGCAGAGAAGGAGGCGCCCAAAGGAGCGACUCUGGCUCAGGAGGCUGGUGCCAAACAAGAGGGGACGUGUGGGCCUCCUCCUUCUAAGAAGAUGAGGCUGUUUGGGUAUAAAGAAGACCCCUUUGUGUUCCUAACUGAGGAUGACCCUGUCUUCAACACCAUACAAUCUUUUUAUGAUCUGUCUGGUGACUUCCCCAAGCUCAAUGUCCUGACCAGGACCCACGAAGGCAAGAAGAGACACUUGUACAUGGUUUCCAAAGAGCUCCGCAACGUGCUGCUCAAUAACAGCGAGCGCAUGAAGGUCAUUAACACCGGGGUGAAGGUGUGGUCUCGCAACAGUGAUGGCGAGGAGUUUGGCUGUGCCUUCAGACUGGCUCAGGAGGGUAUCUACACUCUACAGCCGUACAUUCGCUCCAGGAUUAUCAGAGUGAGUGUGGAGGACAUCAAAGUGCUGCUGACCCAGGAGAACCCGUUCCUCAGCAAACUGGAGGAGGACGCUCACGCUCAGGCCAAGAAAAUGGGAAUGGGUAGCAUUGUGCUGAAGUACAUUCCAAACCCAAAUAACCCAGCGGAGCCUCAGUGUCCCAUCCAGCUGUGUGGCUGGAGGGGAAAGACGUCCAUCCGAGCCUUUGUACCCCGCAACGAGAGGUUUCAUUACCUUCGAAUGUUAGGUGUGGAGGUCUUCAGAGACAAACAAGGCCUGGGGCAGAAAAGGAAAGAUGGAGAAAAGGAGGAGGUAGAGGACGAGGUGGAAAAGGACGCAGAGGAAGAAGAAGAAGGAGCAGGGGAAAAUGAGGCAGAGUUGGACUUGGAGAACGGUGAUCAAAAUGGCUCAUCGAAACCAAAGACUGACAGCGGCAGCAAAGCGACUAGUAGCUGAGAAUGUAAAGCAGACAAUAGAGAGAAGGAGGAUUGACUGAAGAUGUGCUAGAGCUCCAAGAGCUCUUGACCAGGUCCAAAACCACACUAUGUGGCAGAGGAGGGUAAUGUGCCUCUUUGGGUAUCUCUGUUUGCCACACUGCCAGUGCAGUAGGAUUCCCUCUCAGAGAUGGACUCCCUUGGGAUUUUUCUUUUUUGGAUCCCCUCCAGGAGUCCGCUUUUUAGUUAAAAGGCUUGUCUUAUUUUAUAUAGCUGUUUUUGAUGUUUUAACAACUGUAUGCCACUGAAGAAGUGGCAUCAGUAUUCUUUCAGUUGCUCAUGUUUCGAGAUGUUUGUAUUAAUUGCCAAUCUCAUUUUCUACCCCUGUAAUUAGGCAGAAGUAUGGAGCUGAUUAAAAGUGUGAACAGUU